UGUCAACAAAAGGUCAUCGAAGUCACCAUUAUUAAUUCCCUCUUUGGAAAUAUUCUUUUUGUUUGUCUUUUAUGUUCUAGCAAAUUAACAAGCGCUUCUAACUUAUUAAACCACUGUUUUUCUAUCGUUCGUUUGUUUUAUAUUUCCCUUUGUGUUUAUUUUUUCUUGAUUCAAAAUAGCAAACACAAAAGAUUUAAAAAUGCCCAAGGUGCAGCGUAUACUUCAUUGCUUCGUUCUACAGUUUUCCUCAAAGCGCCCGUAAAAAGCAGAAUUUCUGAUUGUUCUCGAGUUUCUAUGAAAAAUUCAUAAACCUAUUUACCAAAAAAUGUUAUAUACAAACCAUACAUUACCGAAACGAUACCUACAAGUAAAAAAUAGCACUGGACUUUUUGUUUUUUUAUUUUUUUGCCCAAUUCAAAUAGUUACCUAAAAUCUUACGUACAAAGUUGAUUUCGAUACUGUUUACUUCUAUUUCUCUGUUUAUUCUUCCUAAACAAAGCAAACAAAUGCUGCCAUUAAGACAGCACAGCCAACUCGUUAAUACGAUAUUAAUGUGAUACUACUGGAAACAACAAGACCAAGAGAAAAGAAGAGAAGAGAAGACUACUAAGGGAAACAAACAGUUCUAUUUAUGUAUGUAUGCUUUAUCUUUCCUUAUAAAAUGCUCUUAGUAAUUUUUUACCUUACGAAUCAAGUCGGAAAUAUUGACUCGCAAACGAAGAACGAAACAACGAGGCCAAGAGAAAUAGAGAAAACUUUUAUAAAGAGUACCUCUUAGAAUAACGGAAUAGUUUAUACCGAACAGUCAAGUGGGUUGCGUCAAGGAAGGCUAGUAUAUGAUUAGUAACAACAGAAAGUAAAUGACUAUAUAAUUAGAGAUUGGCUGCUGGGAGGUUUCUUUUUUGAUAUUCUUUUAUUUUUUACAUUACAUUCUGUUCUGACUUGGUGGAACUAAACUAAAUCUGUUUAUACAAAGAAGGAAACUAUCGAAAGUUUUAAUUUUUUUUUUUUUUCCUUUUCCCCCUUUUGUUUUUUUUUUUGUUUAUUGAGUGUGUGUACUUUUAUUUGUUUCUUUACCAAAAUAUAAGAAUCAUGCCGAACCAAAGUCUUGUUCUAGUAACUGGCGUUACUGGGUUCAUCGGUUCUCAUGUUGCUGUUACAUUGGUUAACAAUGGUUAUCGUGUACGGGGUGCCGUUCGUUCCAUGGAAAAAGCUGAAGAACUUGUCGGCCUGAAUCCUGAGCUUAAAGACAAAGUUGAGUUUGUAUUUGUUAAAGACAUUGUUGCGCCUAACGCGUUCAAGGAUGCCGUUCAAGGAUGCGAUUAUAUUUGCCAUGUUGCUUCUCCUUUCUUUUAUGAAAAUGUAACCGACAAUAAGACCCAACUUUUGGAUCCUGCUCAUAAGGGUACAAUCAAUAUUUUGGAGGCUUCCUUGAACGAACCAAAGGUAAAACGUGUGGUUAUUACUUCUUCCUUUGUUGCUAUCGGCGACUUUAUGAAAGACCCAUACUCUGGCUCUACUUAUACUGAAAAAGACUGGAAUCCCAUAAGCUAUGAGGAGGCUUUAGAGACUAAAAAUGGGUUCGCUGCUUAUUGUGCUUCUAAAAAGUUUGCUGAAAUAGCUGCUCGUAACUUUGUUAAGGAGAGGCAGCCUCAUUAUGAUAUGUGCACCGUGAACCCAUCUUUGGUGAUUGGACCCCCAAUCCAUCCUAUGAAGACUAUGGAAUCCUUGAAUGCUUCUAAUCGUCUUCUAUGGAGCCUCAUCAAUGGUUCCAAGGCGCAGCCUUCUUUCCAACACGUACAAGUUGAUGUUCGUGACAUUGCCAAUGCUCAUGUCGUUGCAAUUGAAAAGCCCGAAAUGAGUAAUGGUCGUAUGCUUGUAUCCAAAGGUCCCUUUAUCACUAACGACGUUUGUAAAAUUCUUCGUGAAGAAUUCCCUGAAAUGAAGGAUGUCAUUUCUGAACCCACUGAUGUUCCUUUCAACGACAAGCACUAUAAAUCGGACAACUCUUAUUCCAUAUCCCUUGGUUUGCAGUAUUACAGCGAAAAGCAAACCUAUAUUGACACUGCCUUAAAGCUCUGGGAGCGUGCUAAACAAUUAGCACUUGUUCGUUAAUAAAUCUAUGUUACUAUCCGUUUUGACGGUAGUUUUUAUACAAGGAUCCUUCCUAUCAUUUUUUUUUCAACAAUAUCAAGAAACUAAUUAGCAGUAAAACUACAAACCUUCUGACUCUUCUCUUUGACAUACAAAGGGAAAAAAUCAAUUAGCAAAAAACAAAAUUCUCUAUGCUACAACAGAACCAGCUGGAUGUUUAUAUGAUAUAGAAUAACCAACGAUACAUCUACCAAUUAAUAUAAGCUCAAAUGAAUCUUCCCAG